CAUGUGGUGCUGUUGUUGACCUGCAGAGCGUGCUCUGCCUGGGCUGAGUUUGCAGUGCUGCUCCCAGGUGUUGCUCAUGAGGGCUCGUGAUGACCGGGAGGGGCAGAAGCUUCUUGAGGUCCUUGGUGGGCUUCUGUGCUCUUUGCUGGGGAGAGCUGGUGACUGUCUGUCUGUCGGUGUGUGGCACCCAUGCCGGGCUCGGUGGGAGCACUGGAACUGAGAAGGUUAUGAUGCCCUGAGCUCUUCUGUGGAAAGUAAAGACAAACGGAGCGGGAGACAGCUACUGCAAACGAAUGAGGAGAACACGACUGACGUCCCAGAGGAAGGAGGGCAGCCGUAUGUCAGAAAUUGCACUGAACCAGCUCUCCAUGAAUUCCCCAAUGACAUCUUCACAAACGAGGACAGGAGACACGGAGCUGUGGUCCUGCACGUCCUUUGUGCCGUGUAUAUGUUUUAUGCUUUGGCAAUAGUCUGCGAUGAUUUCUUUGUCCCUUCGUUGGAAAAGAUUUGCGAGCGCUUGCAUCUUAGCGAAGAUGUGGCUGGGGCAACUUUUAUGGCCGCAGGAAGCUCUGCUCCUGAGUUGUUUACAUCUGUCAUAGGUGUUUUUAUCACGAAAGGAGACGUAGGCGUUGGAACCAUCGUAGGCUCGGCUGUGUUCAACAUUCUCUGUAUUAUUGGCGUGUGUGGGCUUUUUGCAGGACAGGUCGUUGCGCUGUCGUCAUGGAGUCUCUUGAGAGAUUCAAUCUACUACACACUGUCUGUCGUUGCACUCAUUGUGUUUAUUUAUGACGAAAAGGUUUCCUGGUGGGAGUCCUUAGUCUUGGUGCUGAUGUAUGUCAUCUACAUCGUUAUCAUGAAGUACAACUCAACCAUACAUCACUGCUUUGAAAGGAAGACAAAGAACUCGGCAAAUAUGGUGAAUGGUUUAGCAAAUAACACAGAAAUGGAUGAUAACAGCAACUGCGAUGCCACAGUGGUGUUACUAAAGAAAGGUAACUGUUCCAGAAACUUCCACCGUAAAGCGUCAGUGAUCAUGGUGGAUGAGCUGCUGUCUGCCUACCCACACCAGCUUUCCUUUUCUGAGGCUGGGCUCCGGAUCAUGAUAACCAGCCACUUCCCUCCCAAAACACGUCUCUCCAUGGCCAGCCGCAUGUUGAUCAAUGAGAGGCAAAGGCUGAUCAACAGCAGGACAUACACCAAUGGCGAGUCAGAAGUAGCAAUCAAAAUACCAAUCAAGCAUGUGGUCGAGAAUGGAACAGGUCCCAGCAACUCUGGCGAGCGGGGCGUGAAUGGCACACGGCGGGAUGAAGACAUGGCUGAGGCUGGGAAUGAGACCGAGAAUGAGAAUGAGGAUAACGACAACAACGAAAACGAUGAGGAAGAGGAAGAAGAUGAUGAUGAUGAUGACCAUGAAGGGCCAUACACACCUUUUGACCUACCCACUGGCAAGAUGGAAAUCUUGAAGUGGCUUUUCACAUGGCCAUUGAGUUUUGUCCUGUACUUCACAGUGCCCAACUGCAACAAACCCCACUUGGAAAAAUGGUUCAUGGUUACCUUUGCUUCUUCUACACUCUGGAUUGCAGCUUUCUCAUACAUGAUGGUGUGGAUGGUGACAAUCAUUGGAUACACACUGGGAAUUCCAGAUGUGAUCAUGGGUAUCACUUUCUUGGCAGCUGGAACCAGUGUGCCAGACUGCAUGGCAAGCCUUAUCGUAGCAAGGCAAGGUAUGGGGGAUAUGGCUGUGUCCAACUCCAUCGGAAGCAAUGUGUUUGAUAUUUUAAUUGGCCUAGGUCUCCCGUGGGCUUUGCAGACCCUAGCAGUGAAUUACGGAUCAUACAUUCGGUUAAACAGCAGAGGACUUAUCUAUUCUGUCGGUCUCCUGCUGGCAUCUGUUUUUGUCACAGUUUUUGGAGUCCACAUGAACAAAUGGAAACUGGAUAAGAAGCUAGGGUGUGUGUGCCUUUCCCUUUAUGGCAUCUUCCUGUGUUUCUCCAUCAUGACAGAAUUCAAUGUUUUCACUUUUGUGAACUUGCCCAUGUGCAGAGAUCACUAAUGUAGGUGGCAGACUGUUGGGAGGAACUUCCUUCUUACCUGUGCAAUACAAACCACGGCUGGCAUCUCCUGAACGCGGUGCACCUCCAAGUCGUGACGUAUAUCCUGCUCACUGUUCAUAGGACCUGUGGCCCCAUCUAGGUCUGCCCUGUCCCUGACUCCCCACAACCUGGACAAAUCCUGCAUCGAUGUGAAGAUUAUUUUUUUCAAUAUUCAUGUGAUUUCCUAGCUCAGUUUUUGAACAGUGUGACUGGGAUGAACUGGCUGCUAACUGGCGUCAAGCCAGGCAAAACUGGUCUGCUACAAUUACUUCUUCUUUUUAAGUUAUUUGAUGGAAGACUAAUCUAAUUUAUGACUUAAGACUACUGCUGUAAUGCAGAAGAGGUACAUUCUACAGGGGCUGAUUUUCAAGGAGAAUCAUGGGAUUAUUUUUUUUUUAUUCAUUUGUUUUUUGUCUUAUUCCUUUUUUUUUAACUGUGUUCUGGGGUUUCGAGGGGUGGGAAGGGUGUUCUUUUGGGUUUGUUUUUUAAUUGCCAGAGAUCAAGGUCUUCUCUUGCAUCUUCUCCUUCUGUGUGCUGGGCCUCCUGUAAUGAUCCAAAGGUCACAGGGCAGUGUAAUAUGGGAAUACAAUUCAAGGUACUCAGCAUAUGAAUGGAUUUACCGCAUUUUAAAAGAAGAUUGUCAAGGCAACAGACAAUGACUUUUGACCAUAAAUAAUGAAACUUGUACAGGUAUGAUGAGGAAUGCAAAGUAAACAUGGAUUCAGAGGGUAAACACUGCUACCAUUUUAUUACCAACAUUGGAGUUUUAUUACUAGGGUGUUCAUGGUAUUUCCAAGCAAUAGUUCAAUUGCCAGCCCUGGAGGGCUACUGAUGAAAUGUCCUGGUUUUUAAUGGUCUGCACAUGGAAAUGGAAGGUCAAAAUUUUCUCUGCUCCAUCAGAUUUCUUGUUCUGGGGGGAUUCAAUAGUUCAUGUCUUACUCGUUCUGAGAAGGAGAUAAGUAAAUGUCGGAACUUUUCUGAGUUACAGACACUGGUUUCUUUAAAAGGAAAGAGGCAUAUUUUGCACAGAUAUAGUUACUGAAGUCAUAAUUUGCCGUUCUUUAAAGAAUACACUGGACCUGGUCAGAUAUUUGUCUUCUUAAGCAGUUGAACUUACCUGGUAACAAAUCAAGUGGAUUCAUCGCCCCUCCUUUGGGAGGGAGGAAGACACAGAGAGACAUGGCACUUUUUAAAAUGUGGAAUAUCUUCAAUGCAGACUGGCUCACAGAUCUUAAGUUAUUGUGAAAGUUUAGCUAUUCAUUGUUCCAAUAUCCCUGCUAGAUUUUGUAUAAUUCUGUAUUAAUAUGCAGGCAGAUUCCACCCCAUGAGAAACACUAUCACAUCUUCAUUUGUAUUGAUACUGUGGAUUCUUGCCAGUGCUGGCUCUUGUAUUUACUUUAAGCACUGAUCACUUCUGAUUCAUUUGGUAUGUUUUUUUCUUCUUGUAUAUGUCCUACUAUGAAAUGUAUUAAGAUACUACCAGCUAGGUGAAUGUUUUUGUCUAUGGUACAAACAAUGGCAAAUAUUGGUAGUAAAGGUACAGAAAACCCUAUGUAAAAAAAAAAAAAAAAGGAAGCUAAAAAAACCCUAACCAACAACUUGCACCAAACCCUAACCUACAGCAGGGAAGAAACCUCCAACUGAAAAAAAAAAGGCAAAGAGAACCCCAUUCACAGACAGAAAGCCAAGUUUUAUUUCAUUUGCACUUUUGGAAGUGACUUUUACAGUUUGAUUUUGUUUGGGCAAAGUGCUGUAAAUGGAAAUAUUUACCCCCUGUGGUUUCCAUUCAGCUCAGCACCCAAUGCUCGUUCUUUGUGACACUAAGCCUGUGGAGGUUCUAGCCCCGUUGCACUGCAUGUGUCAAGGAAAUCUGGUGGGAAAAGCUGAGUGCUGCCGGCCUCGGUGCUCAAAGUGUGCUCAUGAUCUCUGGCAGGGAGCAGUACGGGCCCAGGGACAGGCAGUGGAGAGUCAAGGACAUGCCUGCAUCGCCAUUUUUCUUUCUGGAAAACAGUUGUGUUCCUACUUGUUGAGCUCUGCAGCCUGUGGUUCGAGCAGCCUUGUCGUCACUGUGCCCGCUGAAAUCCUCUUGCAUUAGGAAGCCCCCUGUACUUUUCCUGUUGUUUUUUAUUGUUGCUGUUGAAUUUUUUUGUUGUUGUCAAUGAGAUUAAUAAUAACCACUAAAAUGCCUAAAAUACAUCCUUAAAUCAAACAAUGUUAGCAACGAUGUGGCACAUCCCUAAAGGCCACACCCCUCCCCACACAGCUAUACCCCUGUAGCAAGAUGCAGUUGCUCCUAAGCAGAGUGUUUCCUUGGGGAAGAAAAACAAAAAAGAGAGAAGUUUCACAUCAGGGCCUAUUGUUACUUCUAUUUUUAAUAUUUAUACUGCUGCUCCAAUGGAGCCAGUUGGAUCUAUUUCUACGAAAUAGCCAUUACCUAUCCCAUGGCACAAAAACUGCAUGAGUAUUUUUUAGGAACUUUUCCUAUCGGUGUGCAUUAAAUACUGUAGUGUAUCAUA